CUUCACGUCGUUGUACGGUAACGUAAAGUGAGGCAGAUAUGGUAAACAUGUGGAGUGGUUAGUAGCCGAAAAAUAACGUUGUGAUGGAGAACUACAGCAAGGCUCGGACGGCGGAGCAGCCGUGUGUCUGUCCGUUCCCCGGCCUCCCCCCCGACACGCCGGAGGUCCGCGUCAAAGACGGCAGCAAGAUCCGCAACCUGCUGCGCUACGCCCUGAGCCGCAUGGAGGCCAAACCGCGAGCGGCUGAAGAGGAGGGACGACCCGCACCCGAGGAGGGGGGCGUGGCUGUGGAGGGACACCAGGAAGCGCCGGGCCGCCCGCUCUGCAAACAGAUGAUCUUCACUGCGAGCGGGAAGGGCGUGUCCAAAGCCAUCACCUGUGCUGAGAUCGUGAAGCGGCGUGUGAAGGGGCUCCACCAGCUCACCAAGCUGCUGUACAGCACCGCCGUGGAGGUGUGGGAGCCGCUGGAGCCCGCCGCUGGCCUCGACAGCCUGACGGUCAGCAGGAACCUGCCCGCCAUCUGGAUCCUCCUCUCCCUCGAGCCACUGGACGCCAGCCAGCCCGGAUACCAGGCGCCGGGCCGGUACGACGCCCUGUGGGCUCAGUCCGCCAACAGGGAGGAGGGAGGAGGUUUCACCAGACAAAGACCAGGACACAGGAGGAAGAGAGGAGGAGGAGGCGGCAGUGGCAGAGGAAAGGGACCCGGCCAUCAGACUGGACGGUCCAGAGAGGCCAAUAAAUGACGGGUGAUUUCUGUUCGCCUGCACGGACGUAAAGACGACAGAGACGCUGUGAAGGAGCCUGAAGUGAACUCACUUCAUUUCUAUCAACAUCAGCUAAAGAGAGAUGAUCCAUCACAUUCAGAGUUUAAGCCAGUUCUGUCAGCAUCAUGUUUAUUUAGAUAAUAUUAUAAUCAUUAUCAUUAUUAUUGUUAUUGGACACUGACUUAUGGGUUUGCAGGCAGGAGCUGACAAAAUCACCUCAACUCAACAUUCAUGUAUUUGCUUGUUCAGGAGCUUUUAACUUUAUCACGCAGUCUUCAUCAGUAGGUAAACCUUGAGUAGAGGUUGUUUGUUUGUCGGCAGCUGUUUCCAAGCUUACAAAUCACCUAGAUAUGCAUAUCUAGGUGAUUAGAUAUGGAUGAGAAGUCGUAGUGAUGCUACACUUCCAUAACAAUUGAGAAAACUGCUGUUGCAUUCAAAAGCUCCUCAUUAAAGCGAGUAAGUGGACCUUGAGUUGAGGUGGUUUUGUAGCCAGAAGCCAAACACUGAUGUGACGUAAAGAAUAAUGUACAUUUAGUUGUUUCUUCUGCCAGUGUGUCGCGGUGAUGGAUUAGCCACAUGCUAACACUGACUGUGAAGCUCAGCUAAAACAGGAAGUACCAAACUCUCUUCAAGUUCAACUCUGUUCUUUUUUGUUUUUCUUCAGAGACACGCCUCCUGACCUUUUUGUUUUCCUGUCUGUUGAGAUGUGUCCUGUUGUGCUCAUACAGUGUAAACAGACUUUGUGUGUUCUCAUUAAAGAGAUCUUUAUUUGUUUAGCCCUGAAA